AUGGCGUGUCUGAACCCUGUUUGGCCCGGAGCUGGUGGCGCUUGCUGGGAGCUGUGGAAGUGUAGCCCGUGUUGCGGAGACCCUUGCAACUUCAACGACGGCCUCUACUGCUGCUUCACGUGGUACUGCUGUACGCCCUGCAACCUCUCCAAGCUGUGGGCGCACACCCUGGAGCAGGACUGCCAGUUCAUCAACCACUUCAUCCCCACCUUCCUCUUCAGCUGUUGUAACAGUACGCAAACAUGCGAGAAGUCAAAGGGAAGAGGUUGA